AUGUCUUUCUUCGUGGACAUUGUCACCGAGGAUUCGUUUUACGAAAAUCUGACCCUCGGUGUGGUCAAGAUCCUCGAGAACUCCCCAUGCGUGAGAAACGUGCGGAUCGAGAGGCGAAAUGGUUGCGAGCUCGGAGCUAUCAACAACUGGGAGCAACGCCACUGCUGCACGCUUCCGGAGGACGUUCGGAAUUUCUACGCUUCCAUCGACGGUUUCCUGCUGCAAUGGAAUCUCGAGAUAGCAGGCGAGGAAUUCUCGAUAGGUCGCAUGGAGAUAGGAACCUUGUCGUCGCUGAAGAGAUACGUCGGCAAGGAUCGGCAGGCAGGAUCAGCCUCUGCACAGGACUCUUCGGGGAGUCAAGUGGGGAACGAGCCGCAGGAAGACGCGAUGUUCUCGGGAGAUUCGCGCGAUUGCAAGCUCUUCGAGGUCGGCCAGUGCUUUCCAGGAGCCGAGAACGGCAGGAUCUACUUGGCGUAUCGCUCCAAGCAGGAACAGGACUCGCCGAGUAUCUGGCUGCACAGCCGCGACGGCGGCUGGUACCAUCUGGCCGACAACUUCACCACGUAUUUUCGCAUGAUGCUGGCCCAUCUGGGUCUGCCCUUGUGGCAGUGUUGCGCAGCCGGGCUGCCUUUGUUCACCUGGAUGCAGCAAGCGUACUUUCUGGUCGGACCCCAUCUGCUGCCGUCCACCGUCGAACCCACCGAGAGCGUAUCCACUUCUUUGUGGAACAACGGACCCGUCAACGUCCUCGACCCGGCUAUCUUCAAGGUCAAAGACGGCAAGCAGAGAAACGCGCGCAAGAAGUAAUUUCGCAAUGAUGGUAUACUUGAAGCUUUUGCGAAGGAAGCAAAAAUUGAUUUUUAUUCCCUGUUAAAUCAAGUUUCUUUUAUAAUAGAAGGUCAGUUUAUGUAAACGGCCUGCUUCGUUCAAUACUUUUUGUCCUGACUGAAUAGAUGAACAUGUGCAUUUAUUAUGCAGCAUAUAAGUAUGUAUUAAAUAA